AUACCCUAUUAAAAACCAGAGAUUGUUUCGAGAGGAGGGGUUUUGUGUUUGGGACACAACACCCACAGCGUAUCAAAUAUCAAACCAGUCCCUCCUUCCCUCCCUUCCUCCAAAACAAAACCCCUCUUUCGGCGACUCAUUAUAGCAAAAAUAGCCACUCUCCACUUCACUCGCUUCCCGUUUCCUCUCCCCCUUAGGGUUAGGGUUUUGCCUUUCCCCUCUUCAACCCCUACAAACCCUCUACUCGCAGCUUCCAAUGGCGAGAUACAGAAGCCGUAGCAGAAGCUACAGCCCUCGUCGCCGCAGCCGAACCCCGCCACCGCGUGGAAGCAAGCGCUAUGAGGAAGAACCCCGUGAUCGCCAACGUGACCGCCGGGACCGUCGCUCUCCUGCUCCUUCCGGAUUGCUCGUUCGCAAUCUUCCUCUUGACGCCAGGCCUGACGAUCUUAGGAUUCCAUUUGAACGAUUCGGACCUGUGAAGGAUGUUUAUCUACCUAAGAAUUACUACACUGGAGAACCGAGGGGCUUUGGAUUUGUCAAGUACCGUUAUGGUGAUGAUGCUGCUGAAGCGAAGCAGCAAUUGAACCAUACAAUUAUCGGUGGGCGUGAGAUAAGAAUUGUGUUUGCCGAGGAGAAUAGGAAGACUCCUCAGGAAAUGCGCACAACCACUCGCCCAAGUAGUAGUAGCCGACAUGGAGGAAGUAAUAGACGGAGAACACCACCGAGGUCCCCAAGACGCCGAUACAAUUCUUAUUCGCGGUCACCAUCACCUGUUAGGUAUGACUCCAGGUCUAGGGAUGAUUAUCGCUCUCCAGUGCGCUCUCGAUCAAUUUCGUGCUCUCCUCCCCGUGAGACUAAGAGCUAUAGAAGGUCCCCAAGCCAUUCUCCUUUGCCUAAUGACAGAGAUUACAGGCGGUCCCCUAGUCCAAGGGCGAACGGUCGAAGUCCAUCUUUUGAAAGGGUGCCCCCACCAAACAGGUCAAGGAGUCCAAAGGUCAAGACUCGUAGUCCUUCAAUGUCUCGUUCAAGAUCUUAUAGUCCUCGCUGAGACCUGGUGGAUGCACUGCUGUUAUUUGGGUUGUUUUUGUUAUGUCACCUAUGAUGUAUGUGGGUAUUCUAGUGGCGCAUGAAUGCUCUUGUAACUGUUGCAGGUAGAGUUUCUCUAUAUUUAAUAGACUAAGCUUUGGAUGUUGACAGUGUAAAUUUUGGAUCUUAAUAGUAGCUGUUUGUGCA